UCCUCUCUGGGGAGUGAGAGGCAAACAGCGCUGCCCACAGAGUGGACAAGAGGGGUUUGGGAAACAGAAGGAGAAGUUUCCAGGGACAGAGCCAUUCAGGGAGAGAGGACGAGAAAAAGCUACGUGUGCCUGGCCAGGGUACAGAGCAGAAACUAAGGCGAGGCAGAGAAGUGUCUGAAAACAGCUAUCUAAGGACAAGGCAAAUUGUUUUGAGGAAGGGACAGGAGACAUAGAGCUGUUUCAGGAGUGAGCAACAGAAGGGAACGCAAAGAGUCGGAAGACUGCCGAAAGUACACGAGGAAGGGUCCAGAGGCAGUGAGAGCAGGCUGAGACCAGGGCCGAGGCCAGGGUAGGCACAGUCGCUGAGGGGAUGAACUUCACGGUGGGUUUCAAGCCGCUGCUAGGGGAUGCACACAGCAUGGACAACCUGGAGAAGCAGCUCAUUUGCCCCAUCUGCCUGGAGAUGUUCUCCAAACCGGUGGUGAUCCUACCCUGCCAGCACAACCUGUGCCGCAAGUGUGCCAACGAUGUCUUCCAGGCCUCGAACCCUCUGUGGCAGUCCCGGAGCUCCACCACUGUGUCUUCGGGGGGCCGUUUCCGCUGCCCAUCUUGCAGGCACGAGGUGGUCCUGGAUCGACAUGGCGUCUACGGCCUGCAGCGGAACCUGCUCGUGGAGAACAUUAUCGACAUUUACAAGCAGGAGUCCUCCCGGCCACUGCAUUCCAAGGCUGAGCAGCACCUCAUGUGUGAGGAGCAUGAAGACGAGAAGAUCAAUAUCUACUGUCUGAGCUGUGAAGUGCCCACCUGCUCUCUCUGCAAGGUCUUUGGUGCCCACAAGGACUGUGAGGUGGCCCCACUGCCCACCAUUUACAAACGUCAGAAGAGUGAGCUCAGCGAUGGCAUCGCGAUGCUGGUGGCCGGCAAUGACCGUGUGCAAGCAGUGAUCACACAGAUGGAGGAGGUGUGCCAGACCAUCGAGGAAAACAGCCGGAGGCAGAAGCAGUUGCUGAACCAGAGGUUUGAGGGCCUGUGUGCAGUGCUGGAGGAGCGGAAGGGUGAGCUGCUGCAGGCGCUGGCCCGGGAGCAGGAGGAGAAGCUGCAGCGAGUCAGGGGCCUCAUCCGCCAGUACGGAGACCACCUGGAGGCCUCCUCUAAGCUGGUGGAGUCUGCCAUCCAGUCCAUGGAGGAGCCGCAGAUGGCGCUCUACCUGCAGCAGGCCAAGGAGUUGAUCAAUAAGGUCGGGACGAUGUCGAAGGUGGAGCUGGCCGGCCGGCCAGAGCCGGGCUAUGAAAGAAUGGAUCAAUUCACCGUGAGCGUGGAGCAUGUGGCCGAAAUGCUGAGGACCAUCGACUUCCAGCCAGGCACUUCUGGGGAGGAAGAGGAUGAGGAGGUCGCGGUAGAAGGGGAAGAGGGCAACGCAGGACCAGAGGAAGAGCGGACGGAUGGGCGGGAAAGCACAGGCCAGCACUGACUCGCUCCUGUUGCGGAUCCUGCGCACCUGGGCGCUCGGAUGGUGAACGACCUGAGCAGAGACCACCGUACCACCCAGCCCGGCGCCCCGCCGCGGGGGAGGGGCUCAAUAAAGCGCUAAUGCGUCCCGACCCGCA